AUGAAAAUAAAAUCCCUGUUGUCCAAAUUCCAACGCAAGAAGAAAAGCGAUAAUGUGCUUAAGCAGCAGGGUAACAGCAAGGAGAAGAACCUAAAACAGAGAAACAAGAAGAGAGGCACCACAAAUGUGGUUGGAUCUCCUUCGUCGUCUCUCCGAACACAACGAACAGACGAUGAUGACAGUGAUGGACUCUACCAUCCCGAUUACGUUCCACCCCCAUCUCUUAACUUUGUACAAGAUGAUCAAGAUAUCGGAGAAGCAGCUGUUUCGCAAGAUUGCCCGGAAACAACAUCACAGGCGCUGAAUGAGAGUUUGUAUUCCGAUGAUAUUGUUGGAGAAAAUAUACCAGCAAAAUCUCGAGAUCUCACCAACAAGAGGUCUGUUACCCAUGGAGUGCCGAGUGAGAUGGUUUGGACGAAUGCCGCCUUGUUGGAUGAUCUAUCGGAGGAUGAAAACAACACCAACAUUCAUUCUUCUGAGUAUCACCACCCGGAUGGUGAAGUCGACGAGGACGAUGAUGAUUCCAAGUAUCUUUCCUAUGCUGGUGAGCACUUGUAUCUUACUCCUAUGCCUCCUUCUAGUAGUCGGCCCACCAUGACACUUACGAGCCUGGCCCUGGACUCUACGCGUGCAUCCAACAUGUAUCGAACGUACGAGACAGACUUUGAUGACUUUGGAUUGACCACUGGUGUGGUAGUUGUGGAUGACGAGUUGGGCGGUAAUUAUCAAAAAUCGAAGGAUAAUAAUGACGUCUUGGGAGAUUUAUCACAUGAAAACGCUGAUCACCGCAGUAAUACACCCAAGAAAACUGGAGGAAUCACACCAGUUCGAUGGUCGUCACAAGUGACCGACAUGUCAUUGCCCCCUCCACCUCCACCAGAGCCCGACUUUCCCAUGGACGAAAUGUAUGAUGAUUUGCGUGUACUAAUCUUGGACGAUGAUGUAUCCGCCUUGAGCAACGAUACUCCACCCCCGGCAGUCUACCGAAACAUGAAGAGGGAAUUACGAAAGAAGAACAAGAUACCUGUCACCUCCUCCUCUUUUUCCAAAUGCAAACCACACACUACUUGGGCUAAUUGCCAACCUCCUUCGUUUUUACGACGCAUUGGGACACAAUCUCCUGCUGCCGAGCAUGAUGGCAAACUACGAGUCGCAGACAUGUUCUACCAGGUCUUUCACUGUGAGAAUACUGUUGGUUCUGCAGGUGUUUCCAGCAGGAACAAUAACAAGGUCUCCUCCACCUCCAUUCCUCCUGGAACCACCAUUACGGUGACCACAACCCGAUCUGGAUCCAUUGAGCAGCCCACGCACCUACAUUAUUACGAACAAAUAUUCGAAUGCGCCGAAGCAUAA